AGAUCAGCAAAACGUGAGCGAUUUAGGGAUUCUCAUUAAAUGCUAACGCGAACGUGAAAUUGAUAAAAAAAUCAAAGGCAAAGCCAUGGAUUGAGGAUUUUCUUUAGAUUGUUUUUCAAAUAAAGGUAAUACAAUUUGAAUCGGCAUAACUAUUCGGCAAAGAUGGUCAGAGGAGGAAGAGAUAACCGACUAACUUAUGCGCAAAAUUUAUCAUGUGGUGCAGCCGCUGGACUCGUCAGCCGAACACUCACUUCUCCACUUGAUGUGGUGAAAAUACGGAUGCAAGUUGGGACCAAAGAAACGCUUCAACGAGGUUUUUUACGUAGUUUUGGCAACAUUUACUCAACUCAUGGUGUCAGGGCAUUUUGGAAAGGAAAUCUGAUUGGUUGUUUACGCCUGAGUCCGUUCAGUGCUGUUCAAUUUUUGGCGUUUUCUCGAUGCAAGACUUUGCUAGCAGACGACACUGGUCGGUUAACGGCAACCAGGGCGAUGAUGGCCGGAGCUCUCGGGGGGAUGGCGGCGACCGUAGUCACUUACCCCACGGACAUGGUAAAGACACGUUUGAUUGUGCAGCCAACUGCUUCAACACGAAGGAGAUACAGAGGCAUCAUCCAUGCGUUCAAGCUCAUUAUAAAAGAAGAGGGUUUAUUAGCAUUUUACAAAGGAAUGCUUACUUCACUGUUAGGGUCCAUUCCUUUUUCUGCAGGAACCUUUGCUGCCUAUGAGAUGCUAGACAUGCUUUGGACCAAACCACGCUAUAUGUUGACUCCUGCAGAGAACUUCAUCAACGGUUGCCUCGCUGGAGCUACAGCACAGACUAUUUCAUAUCCCUUCGACACGAUCAGGAAAAAGCUUCAGGCUCAGAGUCGUGUGAUGAAAGACGGAGGGGGUGUCGACAUCAAGUUCCAUGGCAUGGUUGGAGGUUUCAAGGGGACAGUGGCCCAGUACGGCUGGAAGGGACUAUGGAGGGGAAACGUAGCCAACCUAUGCAAGAUUGCCCCAUAUGCAGGCUUCAUGUUCAUGACCUUUGAAGCGUGCAAGAAGGUGUUCCUGUACGAGAACGGAUUCACCAUGUCUCCUUACGAUGACACCCCCGUGAGUGGAGUGGACCAGUCUUUGAAACCAGGCGAACUUCGGAUGUGGAAGGAGAGGCAUGGUUCAUGAUGUCCAGUUGCAAUGGUAACCUGGAUUUCCUCCAUUGCUUUCGUCUUUACCUUAAAGGCAAGUCAGAAUCUUGAUGAGUUAUUGAGGAGAGCUGAAAAGAGCUAUUCAUGAGUUAAAAGCAGUCCUAACAAGUGGAUGCUUGAUUAUAAAGGUCUGGGACCUGGUGGUUAUAAUACAGAUAUUAACUGGUAGGGUGUGCAAUAUAACACUCUUUAGACCUGCUUCCCUGAAGCAUAAAGUGAUGGGGUGGGGUGGUAUAUGAUCACAAGAGAAACUAUAUACUCCCUCAGUUGGUCCAAAGCGUGUUGUAACAUGUAAGUUUCUAAAUAUAUUAAACAUCCUAGCAGUCAAGAUCUGUUACCAAUUAACUCUUAUUAUAUCUUGGCCUGAUAUAUCCUUUCAUAAAGAGCUUAUUAGCAGAGAAAUUAUGAUUAUUCUUCCUUUUAGACCAUUUAGAAAAUCAAUUUUAUGGCCCUCAGAGGCAGGCUCAAUUGUAUCAUAUAAUAAUCAGUUUUAAGCCAUGUUUUAUUUGGCAUUUGUGAAAUCAACUCUUAAAAUGAAGCUUUGUGGACUUGUAAUUAAUUCUAUGGAACGGCUUGUGUGGAACAAAUUCAGCUUGGCUUGAUUUAGUAUCACAAAAUCAAAUUUAAAAGUCAUUUAAAAUUGAUUUCAAAUACAAAUUUGUAAUUGAUAAAACAAAUAUUUUUUAGAUUGAUUCGUGAAAAGAAUGUCUUCAUGAAUUCAUUUUGUGUAAUUCGAUAUGGUAUAGAAGAAGGGAAACCGGCCAUUUCUUUUUUCUACCGAAAAAUGGUGAGCUUGACACACUUUUGAAAAAAAGAUAUUGAAAAAUCCUUUUUUUCCUCCAAAAAUAUUCUUGUGCGAUAUCAUGAGGCAGUUCUUGAGUCACAUAGCAGGGAUGUGAAUACAUUUUAAAUGUAUCAAUGGGGGAAUACUGGGGAUACACUUAAUGACCUAUACAGUGUGUAUGAAAAAAAACGGGACAGAUUUGACAAGUCUAUAAAAUUUUUGUUUCAAAUUAUGAUGUCUAUAUGUGGGUGUUAAUAGGUGCUCUGAAGUCUUAUCUUUCAAAUGCCAUUAAAAAAAUUUAAUUUUGUUCAUGCUUGAGUGAACACGGAAUGUUUUUGUCUGGGGUUAAAAAGGAUGCUUGCGCCAAAAUGGCAUAAACUGAUAAAUAUGAUGAUCGGACUUCUUGUUCUGUUGUUGUUUCUUUUUAAUAUGCUCUCUUUUAGCUUUCAAGAUUCCUUCUUUAAGCAAAAACAAUUUUUUUUCAACCAAAGUAUGGGAGAGCGUGUAUUUUUUUUCCAAAUUAAACUUGGUCAAGGAAUCAAUAACCCCUUGCAAAUAGGAUUCAUAUUUAUUAAAGGUACCUUAACAUAAUUUGUUUCACAUAAUAAAAUACGAUUUGAAUAAUUACAAGUUCUCACAAUUGAUAAUGCAAAUCUUCUUGCUUGGGUUGACAAAAAGUCUUCUUUUCUUUAUGAAGGAAAAUUCAAAGGUUAAAGAAGUUUAAAUGAAAAAACAAAAUAAUUCAAGUAAAUAAAUAAAGUUGUAAAUGAAAUUUGACAGCAGAAUUCAAAAAUCAUGGCAAAGAUAAUGAAAAGGUUAAAAGGAAGUCUGCUGAUUAGCAAGAAGUCUGAUCAUCAAAUUUCUCAUUUCUGCCAUUCUGGCGCAAGCCUCUUUUUGAACCCCCGACAAAAAUGUCCCAUGUUCGCUCAAGCAUGAACAAAAUUUAUUAAUUUAAAUGGCAUUUCAAAGAUAAGAUUUCAGAGCAUAAUUUAUUAACACAAACAUAUAGAUAUCAUAAUUUGAAACAAUUUUUUAUAGACUUUUCAAAACUGUCCCGUUUUUUUAAUACGCACUGUAUAUCAAUGAGAUAUGAAGAAAUGCCGAGAACCAUGAAUGUUGCUAUUCGUUUUAUAUUGAAGUGUUCUUUGUGUCAGUCGGAUGUGUCCACUGUACUUAUGAUGUGCAAGUGAAAAUUUUCCCAAUUCUCUUAAUUAACAAAUAGUCUUGGUAACACUGUCAAGGGAAAAUUUGAAUGCUUGAAUAGAAUGUUCUUUUAUGUGAAAUUUUUUUUGUCACUGAUUUUACAUUUUCCUCAGGAAAAGGCACUUGAAUUGGGUUUCCCUUUUUCUGAUAUACGCACAUAUCUAUUUCCAAGGAAUGUCCAGUGUCAACCUUUCCCAGCUGCACAGUAAUGCUGUUAGCCUAACAGAGCGCUAACAGUAAGCCCAGUCACAUCUUUAGGAUUGUAAAGUCAAGAAAACAUUUUUUUCAAUGUGUAAGUAAUGUUGUAACAUUAAGCAUCGCUGCCACAUUACUGGUUGUAACAGGGCGUCUCUUAGCGCAAUGUUAGCGCUAAAACGUUUCUGUGCGGUCAGUGCAGGUUGACAUCCUUAAAGGAGAAUGAAACCUUUGGAACAAGUAGGCUUAUGUCGAAAUAGAAAAAUCAAAGAAUAAGAACAAAGAAAGUUUGAGAAAGAUCAGACAAAUAAUGAGAAAGUUAUGAGCAUUUGAAUAUUGCAAUCACUAAUGCUAUGGAGAUCCUCCCAUUGGCAAUGCAACAAGGAUGUGUGAUGUCACAUGUGAACAACUUUCCCUUUGAUGGACUGUAAAAUGCCCCCAGUAUGUCUGUUUUUUCUUAUGGUGAUACAAACUCUUUAUCCAUGAUGUAUUCUUUACAAAUCUGUAUUACAUGCCCUCCUGUAGAAAGAACACUUUCCUCCUAUGUGUUACAACGUCGGAAAGUUAAUUUCCUUUCUUUAUCUACCUCAGGUGACAAAUACUGAAAAAUAACAACAAUGACAAAAGAUUGAACAUGUUUGGUCAGAGCUGGGCAAUGAUUAUUAGCUAUAGAGCUGGGCAAUGAUUAUUAGCUCGCUGUUUAUUCAAUAGACUCAUAUUUGUUCAGAAUGAUAUGAACAUUGCAAAGUAUGCAUAAGCAAAAACACAGCCAAGAAAAUUAACUCGACAACAAUGAUAAAGGAUUGGGAUUUGAAGCUUAAAUCCCGAGGGAUUGUGAAGGAAGAAGAUUUGACGUUGCGUCCGAUUUUAUGUAUGUGUCCCUGGCUUUGUCUGACUUCCAACGACCAUGUUGUGAAAUCAGAAAGGGAGAAACUCGAUUGUUACUAGCUGAUGAAGCUCCACCCGACCGGAGACUGUGCAAACCGAACUUAGAGACGUCGGGAACAAGGGGCUUCAACGCCAUCAGGACAAUCUCGCGAGUUCUGGUGUAACUUAGGCCGUGAGAAGUGGCGACUAGACCGCGUUUGGAACGAGCAAGCCUGCGAAUCACUGGUAGGUGAGAAUGAGGAGGAUCGCCUAAAGCUGCGAAAUAUCGCUCGGCUAUAAUGACGGGACAGGUCGGGUUGGAUGUCCUAGCAAUGGUAACAUCUCUGCCUUGGCGGAAUUGAUCGGUUUUAGAAGAGGGUAAGUGUAGGACUAGCCUGUCAUGAUGAAGAGUGCAGUCCUUCCUUCUUAUCCUGCUAAGGUCGUCGAAGCGUAGGAAUCCAGCAUAAGAAAUGAAGCAUAUAAACAAAAUGCGUAGAUCAGCUAAAGAUGCAUUGAGCUGACCGUGUGAUGCGCGAAGAUGGGACAGGAUUUCUGGUGUAACAAGCUCCUUACGACAAACAGGGGAAGAGUGAGUCCGGUUAUACCCCUGCACUGCUGUUUUUACCAUAGGGUCAUCUGUGGGUGAAGGAAGGCCUGCGAGACUGUGCGCCCAUUUCACUGACGCGACGAGGGAAUCUGCUAGAGUCUUGGCUCCGCUAACGGAAGACAGAUGGGAAAGGUAUAGACAGAGGUGGUACGCUUGGACUGGAAAUGUGGGUAGAGAUUUGGAGCUCGCCCACUGGACCCAUUUGUCCCAACGGGAUUUGUAUUUUGAUGUGGUAGAUGAAGCUUUGGCAGACAUGAGUAGGGAUGGAAGAACAUCAGCGGCUAGGCUGCGUAGAUGCGGAUCGGAGAUGGAGUCUUGCUUGGCGGACCAUGUUUCUGAAAGUUAGCUCAUGAGAGCAAGAAAAUUAGACAAAAUUAAUAAAAAGAAAUCAGUCGAAAGACUGACAUACAUACUGUAACGGUAAGCAGAGUGAGAAAUUUCAAGAAACAAAGUAAUGAGUAGAACCAAAAGCUGCUUAAUACGUACUUUUUCAAAAGUAGGUAUCCAAAAGACCUAGAUUUAAUC